CCGGCUCCGGCUGUGCGGGAGCGCGCAGCGCAGACAUGAGGCUGCUCACCCACAACUUGCUGAGCUCGCACGUGCGAGGGGUGGGGCCCCGUGGCUUCCCCCUGCGUCUCCAGGCCACGGAAGUCCGUAUCAACCCUGUGGAGUUCAACCCCGACUUCAUAGUGCGUAUGAUACCGAAAGUGGAGUGGGCGGCGCUUCUGGAGGCUGCGGACAACCUGCAUCUCAUCGAGGUGCCUAAAGAGCCGAUUCAGGGAUAUGAGCAUAACGAGGAAUUUCUGAGAAAGAUGCACCACGUGCUGCUGGAGGUGGAGGUCUUGGAGGGCACCCUGCAAUGCCCAGAGUCGGGACGUGUGUUCCCCAUCAGCCGUGGGAUCCCCAAUAUGCUGCUGAGUGAUGAGGAAACUGAGACUUAAACUGUGCCAGGCGCCGGUUUUUCCCUCUGGUUGUGUGAAUCUUUGUUUACACGUUAUCUUGUUUGUUAGUCCUAUCCUAUGUGUCCCUAACCCUUGACCCAGUGACACGCCACACACAGUGUUUCUGAGCUCGAUAGUAUAUAUAUUUUUUUCUCAUUAAAGGUUCAAAACCAAAAAAAAAAAA